AAGUGAAACUAAAAGGCUCCAGCAGCAGCUCGGCUGGAAGACGGUUGUGUUGUGGAGUGUCAGCUGAAUCUCUGCGUAGUUUCAGCAACAAUGUCUUCAGUUCAGCAUCUGAGAGAGUUUAUCAGAGAGCGACUAACUGCUGCUGCUGAAGAAAUCUUCUCAGAGGUUGAGAAAACCAUCGUCCGCUACGAGGAGGAGCUCCAUGGUCUCCGCAGGAUGAUGGCUAUCAGCUGGAAACCAGAACUAAAGCUGAGCAGAACCGCCAUGGAGCUGCAGAGACAAAGUUCUGGUAGGUCCGGAUAACGGUGCUGAUGUGUUCCAUGGAGCAGUUGCUGAUAGUUGCUGCAACUGCAGCUGCUGUUGCUCAACAGGGCUGGACAGCAACUGGGUUUACUCAGAGCUCUGGUGCUGCAGAGGUUGAUGGUUCUGAAAGGCUGCAGCAGAACCAGAACAUGUCUGGUACCAUCGGUUCAGUCCAGACUGCGGAUGUUAACCAGGGCUGCCAAUCAGUGUGGAGGACACUUUAUCCUGGAAACUUCACAUCCUUACCUCCAGAAGCCACAUGUCUCCAUGGAGGAGGAAGCUUCUGCCAUCCAACAGCUCUGCAACCAGAGGAGAAGGUCCAGUCAUAACCAGGAGGAAGCAGAACCUCAGUGGUCUGAGGAGGAACAGAUGGAACCAGAUCCUCCUCUGACUGAAGAACAGGAGGAACCAGAACCUCCACUGAUUGAAGAACAGGAGGAACCAGAACCUCCACUGAUUAAAGACGAGGAUGAAGGCCAAGAACUUCCACAGGUUAAAGAACUUGAGGAACCAGGAUGGAUUAAAGAGGAAAAUGACAAACCUGAGUCCUCAAUGGCUAAAGAGGAACAGAAGGAAUCAGAACCUCCCCUUAUUAAAGAAGAGAAGGAGGAGGAAGUACCAGAACCUCAACAGGUGGAAGAACCAGAGGUAUUAGAAUAUCCACUGACGGAAGAUGUAAAGGAGGAACCAUAUUUUUUAUGGCUUAAACAAGAACAACAGAUACCAGAACAUUUACCAACUAGAGGUGACCAGAUGGACCUCUGCAACAUUCAAGAGGGGAAAAACCUUGUCCACAAGUCCAUUGCUGUGAUGGAGACUUCUACCCUUCAGGGAUGUGAAGGAGAACCAAGAACUGAGCAGAAUUCCUUUUACAUCCCUCCUGUAGUUGAAACCAAAGAUCAAGAAGGAAGCAGCUCGGCUGGGUCAGAGAGUCAGUCUCAUACUGACACAAAGAGAAUGCCUUUCAGAUGUGACAUUUGUGGGAGAUCUUGUAAGAAUAAGUAUAGAUUGGAACGGCAUUACAGAACCCACACUGGCGAGAGACCUUUUACCUGUCAGACAUGUGGGAAAGGUUUCGCUCAAAUUGGUGAUUUAAAUAUUCACAGGAGAUCCCAUACAGGAGAGAGACCUUUUUCAUGUCAAACAUGUGGAAAAACAUUCUCUCGGAUUGACAAUUUAAAUGUUCACAAGAAAAUUCAUACAGGUGAGAAACCCUUUUCAUGUCAAAUUUGUGGCAAAGGUUUCAUUGGACGUUAUCACUUAAACGUUCACCAGAGAAUACACACCGGGGUGAGACCUUUUUCAUGUGACAUAUGUGGGAAAAGCUUCAUUGAAGUCAGGAGACUGAAUAUGCACAUGAAACAAAUACACCAAAGUGAGAAGUAGUCAUUUGACUUGUACACAGACUACUAAUUAAAAUAUUGUAUUAUAACUUUUCUCAGCAAUUUUCUUUUUGUAAUUUGGCUGCUGCUAUUGGGUAUUCUAAUAAUCUAUUAAUCUGCGACAACAUAGGUUGAUUAAAUCAUAUAAUCACUAUAGCCUUUUAAACAUUAUUACUUUCAGAAUCAGCUUCAUUUGCCAAGUAUGUGGACACAUACGAGAAAUUUGACUCUGGAUUUUGCAAUGCUCUCCGUAUGCUUCAUUAUACCAAAGUACGAUAACACAUUAAUACGGUCAUAAAAGACAGACAGAUUGAGACAAUAGUGUAAUGGCAGAGCACAAGGAUAUAGGAUAAGUCUGAUGUGUAAGAGCUCUUCUCCGGUAUAAUGGUGCGUCCCAUUUGUCCUCUGUAGUCGAAAUUCUCAACCUCUGGGUUGGAAAAUUUAACUGGAACGAUCCCUAAAGUCAGUAUUACGAGUCGGGAAUUCGGUCCAACAGGAUGGUACCCGACUUUGAUAUUCAUGAUGGCUGUUACUCGCAGCAGCAUUGCGUCAAACCUCAUACUUUGACUGUUUGUAGCAAGUCUCUGUUAUUUAUGUAACAUUUAGUCAGUCGUACAGGUGCUGCCUUUUAGUGUUCAUCAGACGGGAUGUUUAAGCUCUGUUUAUUUGCACAAACCCAGACAUCCCUCUGCCAAACGAUAUCCUCCUGGCCUCCUCCCAGUGGGAUGUGCCCAGGAGGUAUCCUGCUCAGAUUCCCAAACCACUUCAAGUGACUCCUUUAAAUGGAGAGAAGAAACGGCUCUACUUUGAGCUCCUCUCUAAGGCUGAGCCCGGACACCCUCCGGAGGAAGCUUGUUUUAGCCACUUGUAUCCAGGAUCUUGUUCUUUUAGUCAUGAUCCUCACCUCAUGACCCUAGGCGAGCGUUGAAAC